CCUACAAGGCCCAUCGGUCUUCAGACAUUCUAGUGACUAUGCCAGAAAAUGUCUUAUAUGUAUCGUAAGAAUUUCAGAGUGCAGGGAGUAACGCUGAAGCAUACUCGUGGAAAAACCUUCUAACAAAUUUACCGACGUUUGUCCUCCAACCUGCUCAAAGAUGCUGCCAUUAUGUGCCAUCACUAAACAGCCCCGAAUCUGACCAAUCGUGAACUGAACUGGCCUCAGCUGAACUACAGCACCAGACUGAAUGAAUGGAUUAUUUCACCGCAGCUGGAGUGUGUUCCUCUCUCUCACACAAAGGAGCGUCUGUACCUCAGAUGCUGUGAAGGAAAAGUUGACGUGAACCUAGAGCCAGGUGUUUGAGGAGACUCGCAUGGGGCAGAAAACGAAAAGACAGGCUGAUUUCCAGAGGUGACAAACAAGCCAGGAGCAGCAGCAGCUUCCAGUGUCAUGAGACGUCGCCAUGUCAGUGUGUACACCGAGGUGACGGAGGAGGAUACACUCACACACACACCCACACACGCUUCUGGCUGAUUUCAGAGGAAAUAAGGAAGAACGUGGCAGUGAUGUACCGGUCGCCUGCUCUGGAGAACAACCAGCUGAUGGCUUUGUACGGGCAGCAGAGAGAAAUUUACUUUGAGAAGGACGAGGACUGCAUUAGUGAGGAGAACGACCAGGACUCGGAGUGCAGCGAGGACGGAAGCGGCGGCCGAGGCGGCCGCAGCUCUCUGUCGCCGGAAAUCUACGGCCUGCAGACGGAGGAGCGCGUUUUCUUCUCCAACCAGGAGUACUACAGGAGGCUGGAGGAGCUGAAGAGCGCCCACCUGAGGAACAUGGCCGACCUGGAGAGGAUGUACAUCAGCCAGGGGCAGGACAGGCACGGAGGAAGGGAGGAUGACGACGUUCUGGGGAGAGGGAGAAACAGUGAGGAGAAGCAAAUGAUCCGGAAGGGUAAUAGCGCCUUCUUCGGCAGCGGCCCCACCAGGAGGCUGCAGAGGAUUAAUUCCCAGGAGGAGCUGGACUUCCGUGACACAUCCAGCGGCUCUGACCAAUCAGAACUCAGCGGAGAGGAUUUCCUAGGAGAACUGGGCUGGACUUCCAACCAGCAGCAAACCCUUCAGAGAAAAAUGAUGCACAGUCCCGAACACAUGAUGGCCAAGAAGAGCUUCAGGUUUCAGCCGAAAGCCUCUUGUCCCAAACCACAGGGAAGAUCGCCCCAUCCAACAGGUGCCAGAGCUCAGUCCGGCUCCAAAGUUACCGUCCCCAAACCCUUCCAGAUGAUGCUGAGAGAAGAGGAGCGGAAGAGGCACAGGGUGCGGACGCGUUCCGAGGUCGAGCUGGAGAACACGCUGCUGAGGCGAGAGCUGGAGGAGCUCCGAGAAUGCCAGAAGAAGUUCAGAGCUUCGCCCGCGCCGGCUCACAUCCACCUGCCUCUCUACGAGGUCAUCAACCGUCGCCCCAGAGGCGGCUGCAACAGCAGCGUCCCUGAAAGGGGCCAGGAGCCUUUCCAAUUCUUGGAGAGGGAGAGGAAAAAGAGGGAAGCCAGGAUAGCUGCAGAGUUGGGAAACUUUAGUCGGAGAGAGGAGCGACAGGGCUUCAAGGCCACGCCGCUGCCCAGCUCCGUGUACCGCGACGGACGUGCCAAGAGCCCAAGCCGCCGCCACCACCAACUUCAAACUGUCUUCAUGAUGGAAAGAGAAGCCACAGAGGGCCAGAGUGAUCAGAGCUCCGACCCAGAGCAAGAACCCCAGCAGUCUGAUUUCUCCCUAGACUUCAGCGGGUCGCAGAGAUGUUUGUCGUCCAAGUCAGUGAAGAAGCAGAUAGAGCUGUCCAUAGAGAUGAAGGAGAGGAAGUAGUUUGUCACCAUCCAUUUCAACGUCCGAGGCAGAAACGUCUGUAAGCAUCUGUAGCCAAGUGGAUCCCAGCUUCUUCUCACAAACAAGUUAUUCUUUUAUCGUGUAGAAGAAUACGUUUGCACUGCAUAGUUGAGCAGUAGCUACGUUGCUCUCUGUACAAACAGCUGGUAGCUCAGGAAGUGUACAUCUUUAUGAAACGGCAAUACUUGGUUGAAGUAAUGUUAAUGUUUUAGAGCAUUAUUGGUGUAAUAGCAUGAGAUCG